CAUCUUGCCCCGUACGGGAGCCGCCGCCGCUUACCCCAAAGCAAGGCUGGGGCUGAAGGGUAUCCUACCCAGACCGGCUUCCUUUUCCAUUGCCAGUCCUGCUCGGCAGCUCUGCCCAGGCUGCUCAGCCCCAAGUAUGAACUGACCCGUCGUCCGCAGCACGACUCUUAGCCGCGGCUCGUCCCUGUGCCCAUCCCGCGAAACGGAGCGCGCGGGCACCCAGCCUCCUCUCCAGCCGCGAUGCCGAACGUGCAGCUGCCGCCAAAGGAGAGCAACCUCUUCAAACGCAUCUUGAAAUGUUAUGAACAGAAGCAAUACAAAAAUGGCCUCAAGUUUUGCAAGUUGAUUCUUUCAAAUCCAAAAUUUGCUGAACAUGGAGAGACUUUGGCUAUGAAAGGAUUAACAUUGAACUGUUUAGGAAAAAAAGAAGAGGCGUAUGAAUUUGUUCGUAAAGGACUUCGUAAUGAUGUCAAGAGUCAUGUCUGUUGGCAUGUAUAUGGACUCUUGCAGCGUUCUGAUAAGAAGUAUGAUGAAGCUAUUAAGUGUUACCGAAAUGCCCUCAAAUUAGAUAAAGAUAAUCUGCAGAUUUUGAGGGAUCUCUCUCUGUUACAGAUCCAAAUGAGAGACCUUGAAGGUUAUCGAGAGACGAGAUAUCAGCUUCUUCAGUUGCGCCCAACUCAACGUGCAUCCUGGAUUGGAUAUGCUAUUGCAUACCACUUACUGAAAGAUUAUGAUAUGGCACUAAAACUAUUGGAAGAAUUUAGACAAACUCAGCAAGUUUCUCCCAACAAAAUAGACUAUGAAUAUAGUGAACUGAUACUGUACCAGAAUCAAGUGAUGAGGGAGGCAGAUCUAUUUCAGGAAUCUUUGGAACAUAUAGAAACUUAUGAGAAACAGAUAUGUGAUAAACUUUUGGUGGAAGAAAUUAAAGGGGAAAUGCUGUUGAAAUUGGGACGAUUAAAAGAAGCGAGCGAAGUAUUCAAAAACUUGAUUGAUCGGAAUGCAGAAAAUUGGUGUUACUAUGAAGGCUUGGAAAAAGCUCUACAACUUAGCACUUUAGAAGAGAGGCUUCAAAUUUAUGAAGAAAUUAGUAAGCAGCACCCCAGAGCAAUUUCACCUAGAAGAUUACCUUUGAAUCUUGUCCCAGGUGAAAAAUUUAGAGAACUAAUGGAUAAGUUCCUGAGGGUUAACUUCAGUAAAGGCUGCCCACCCUUGUUUACUACUUUGAAAUCUUUAUAUUACAAUACAGAAAAGAUUUCUAUAAUCCAGGAGCUUGUUACUAACUAUGAAGCCUCUCUGAAAACGUGUGACUUUUUUAGCCCUUAUGAGAAUGGGGAGACAGAACCCCCAACGACACUACUCUGGGUUCAGUAUUUCCUGGCACAGCACUUUGAUAAACUUGGGCAGUAUUCUUUGGCUUUGGAUUAUAUUAAUGCUGCAAUUGCUAGUACUCCAACUCUAAUAGAAUUAUUCUAUAUGAAAGCAAAAAUUUACAAGCAUAUAGGUAAUCUCAGAGAAGCUGCCAAGUGGAUGGAUGAAGCUCAGUCUUUAGACACAGCCGACAGAUUCAUCAACUCCAAAUGUGCAAAGUAUAUGCUUCGAGCAAAUAUGAUAAAAGAAGCAGAGGAAAUGUGCUCCAAGUUCACAAGGGAAGGAACAUCUGCCAUGGAAAAUCUAAAUGAAAUGCAGUGUAUGUGGUUUCAAACAGAAUGCAUUUCAGCUUAUCAGCGUUUGGGAAGAUAUGGGGAUGCUUUGAAAAAAUGCCAUGAAGUAGAAAGGCAUUUUUUUGAGAUAACCGACGAUCAAUUUGACUUCCAUACUUAUUGCAUGAGAAAGAUGACCCUUCGUGCCUACGUUGACCUUUUGAGAUUAGAAGAUAUACUCAGGAGACAUGCCUUCUAUUUCAAGGCCGCUAGAUCAGCUAUUGAAAUAUAUUUGAAAUUGUAUGAUAAUCCCUUGACCAAUGAAAGCAAACAACAAGAAAUAAAUUCAGAAAACCUGUCAGCCAAAGAAUUGAAGAAAAUGCUUAGCAAGCAGAGAAGAGCUCAAAAAAAGGCUAAAUUAGAAGAAGAGAAAAAGCAUGUGGAAAGGGAACGUCAACAAAAAAAUCAAAAGAAAAAACGGGAUGAAGAAGAAGAAGAAACCAGUGGUCUCAGAGAAGAACUUAUACCUGAAAAAUUAGAAAGGAUAGAAAAUCCAUUAGAAGAAGCUAUCAAGUUUCUUAUACCUCUUAAGAACCUUGUUGCUGAUAACAUUGGCACUCAUCUAUUAGCAUUUGAAAUAUAUUUUAGAAAAGGAAAGUUUCUGUUAAUGCUGCAGUCUGUCAAACGAGCUUUUGCCAUCAACAGGAAUAACCCAUGGUUACAUGAAUGUUUAAUUAAAUUUUCUAAAUCUGUGUCUAAUCAUAGUAAUCUUCCAGACGUUGUGAGCAAAGUUCUGUCUCAAGAAAUGCAGAAAAUAUUUGUUAACAAGGAUUUGGAAAGUUUUAAUGAGGAUUUUCUCAAACAUAAUGCUACCUCUCUUCAGCAUCUACUUUCAGGUGCUAAAAUGAUGUAUUUUCUGGACAAGUCAAGGCAAGAGAAAGCAAUUGCUAUUGCCACUAGACUGGAUGAAACCAUAAAAGAUAAAAAUGUAAAGGAAGCCCCUGAGAGAGGCUCGUUUGUGCCGGGGAAGUGAAGAUUCACAGCAUCUGGCUCAGCAUUCGGUCCGGCUCUCUGAGAGCCAGCCUAUGUGUCAGCCGUGAAGAGGCAGGUUUGGGAAGCUAAGUCACUGUGGUCCACAGGUGACUCGGAAUGUAAGCUAGAUGCUACCCCAUGGCUGAACCUUGAGGACAUUCUGCGAAGUGAAAAAAGCCAGACAUAAAAGGACAAAUAUUGUAUGAUUUUAUUUAUAUGAGGUACCUAAAUUAGUCAAGUUCAUAGAGACAGAAAGUGGAAUAGAGCUUCCUAGGGCUGGGGGGAGAGGUGACUGGGGAGUUAGUGUUUAAUGGGCACAGAGUUUCAGUUUGGGAUGAUGAAAAAGUUCUGGGGAUGGAUGGUAGUGAUGGUAGCACAACAAUGUGAGUGGACUUAACGCCGCUGAACAGUACAAUUAAACAUGGUUAGGAUGGUAAAUUGUAUGUUAUGUGUAUUUUCCCACAAUAAAAAAAAAAAGAAUGGAUCUAGAGAUUAAUAACAGGAUUAGGUGUGGUCAGUGCUCAAGGGAUCCCCGGGAUUGGGAGGGAGUGCAGGAGGGGUUCUCUCAGUUAUGUGAUAUGAAGUGAGGGCUGUGGUCAAAGGGGGUUGGAUUUCUCUUCUUACCUUACAUUUCCCAGCUAUAUCCCUCAGUGGAUCUAGAAGAGCAGACCAGAAAGCAUCCUCACACACAAAAAGGUACAAGCGACACAAACAUGGCAUGACUGCACUUGGAAUACAGCAAGCUUUUGCAUUCUCUAGACUCGAAGGAAAGUUCGACCAAAGCUCUCUCUCCCCUUGGCUGCGUGUAUCCAGAUGUGGUGACUGCUGUCAUUGAAACCAGGCUGAGUUUGCGAGGCACAGCCUUUAAACCAGUGCGAGUUCCUGAACUUUCUGGGUUUGGGAUUCUUGUGAGCAUCUGAUGGAUGACCAGUAUUAACUUUCUUACCUGAAAAAUCCACAUAUACACAUCCACUCAUGGAUCCAAUUAGGAGUUCAUGGGCCUAGGGUUACACACACCCGCUCUAGACGCUGAACAAUUUUAUCUAGGCAUUUGCCUGCCGUGUCAGCCUGUCAGCCAUUGCCACCAGGUCAGUUUAGGUGCCAAUUAGGCCCUUGCUCAUAGGUACUCCUAGAAGCUGACAGUCUGGGAGGAGACAUACACAUUAUUGGUUGGGAUUUCCUAGUUUUAAGUGACAAAAAACUAACCUAACGAGCUUAAGUUAAAAGUCAAUAUAUUGGUUCUUUCUGUUUUGUUUUGUUUUGCGGUACACGGGCCUCUCACUGUUGUGGCCUCUCCCGUUGCGGAGCACAGGCUCCGGAUGCGCAGGCUCAGCGGCCAUGGCUCACGGGCCCAGCCGCUCCGCGGCAUGUGGGAUCUUCGCAGACUGGAGAACGAACCCGUGUCCCCUGCAUUGGCCGGAGGAUUCUCAACCACUGCGCCACCAGGGAAGCCCAAUAUAUUGGUUCUUUUAACUGGGAUAAUGGUUUGCAGGUACUGCUGGUUCAGGCUUAAAGAAUAUCAUCAGGGGGCUUCCCUGGUGGUCCAGUGGUUAAGACUCCAUGCUCCCAAUGCAGGGGGCCUGGGUUCAAUCCCUGGCCAGGGAACUAGAUCCUGCAUGCAUGCCGCAACUAAGGAGUCCCCAAGCCGCAACUAAGGAGCCUGCGAGCCGCAACUAAGGAGCCCGCCUGCUGCAACUAAGACCCGGCACAACCAAAUAAAUAAAUAAAUAUUUUUUAAAAAGUGUCAUCAGGAUUCAGUCUCUCUCUCCAUCUCACAAUUCUGUUCUCCUCUGUGUUCUUAGGUUUUCCCAUGGAGGCAAAGCUCUAGGCAUCCGUAUUAGUACUAGUGAUUUUAGGAGGAGAAACAGAUUCUUCUCUUCCAGGAUCCAAAGCCUCAAGAAAAGGUUCUACUUGGGUCACAGACCCACCUUCUCUCUGUGGCCAGCCUGCAUCUUGUACUUCCCCAUGGAUUGGGGAUGCGGAGGCAUGUGACUGACAGCCUUAGAAAGUGGGGAAAGGAGUUCCUGAGAAGAAAAGGUCCUGGACAGAAUACAAGUAACAGACAUCUACUGCAGACAUGUAUGCAAAUGAUUGUAAGUCCGCAUGACGAAUACUAUAAAGGAAGCGCUGUGAGGUCUAGUGGGGACAGAGGAGGGGUCAUCAAUUCUACUGGAUAUGUUUUGGAUAAAGACAAGUAAAGCUUCAUGAAAGAUAUCAUGUAUGAUCCAGUUCUUUAAAUAAAAACAGAAAUAUAUUUAUUUUGCUAAA